AUGGCAACCACACUUUCGGGAAAUGCAAAUGAAUCCAGUAGUAGUGGUCGUUUAAACAAUGGUCAAAGUAUAGUCAAAAGAUUAUCCAUAAAAAGUAUAAUUCAAAAUCUCAUGAAAAGUGAAGAGACGAAGGCCAUUAAUCAAAUAGAAGAAGAGCUUAAACUUGCGAAAGAAAAGAUUUCCGAGGAUGAUUUAGAUUUAGAUAUUGUAGAAAUAGAUUUACCACCCAUUAAAGCUAAAAAACGGGAGAAAGUUCUUGAAGCUAUUCACAACAUUUUCCAAGUUGAAAGGAUUGAUGAUAGACUGUUCAUUAAAUUUAAUGGUGGAAUGAAAGAAGAAAUACAUUUCGCACUGAAUGUUUCGCUUCGUCAACAGCUUCCAGGUUGGUGGGUGCAGACUGACGUGGUAUCGGUAGUUAAUCGUAAUGAAUUUAGACCUGACGUAGGAGGAUGGAACACACGACCAACGCGUCAGCAAAGGAUCGCACCUAUUGUUAAUUCGUCGCCACCUCCUUUAUUAUGGAUCGAG